GGGUCAGUAUAAGUAUACACCACGGGGCAGCAGAUCAGCAACAGAAGUAGUGGGAUGCUCCCACUCCGAGAAUUGACUGAGUGAGAAUCGAGAGAGAGCCCGUAAAAACAUUCAAGGUGUCAGUGGAUGUCAGGUGUGUAAAGAGGAGUGAGACAUCGCUUGAGGCUAUACAGCGUGUAUUUACAAGUUACAAAUUGUAGCCAAACGACGAAUUAAGUGAUCGUGACUUUCGCCGAUUGAGUUUCAUAACCACUAGUGGUUUGAUCAAUUUUUCGAAAUAAACACAAGGCGGAGCGGGAAAAAUACCAAGGCAAAACUGUUCUUGUUCGAUCCCCCCAAAAACAACCGAGUAAGCUGUUUGCCACGAGCCUUGAUAAUGAUUCCAUUUCACGGUACUGGUAUUAAUUAACCAAGAACCAACUCGACCGCUCGCUCGCUUGCUUGGCUGGCUCGAGAUGGGAAGAAAUACCUGUUAACCUUGGCGCCAGUAACUGGACGAGGAAUCGCUAUCCCUCUUCUACGCCCGAUCGCCUAUGUAUACGUUCUGCGUAUCAACAAAAUUACACAGGUACGAAGAAAGCGACGAUUGAGAUCUGGUCAGUUUACAAUGCCCAUUAUCUUUACUAUCGACAUCUGCACCUAUGAGCCGUGAUGUGGUGGACUAAGGUUAUCGGAAUAUGGCUGGCGACAUGGGGUUGCCUCUUUCGAGGCAUCAAUUUAGCACCCCAGGCGAGUAAGAAGCAAGUUCCGUGCGACAAAACUCGUAAAGUCUUCACAGACUCGUGGGGCAUCAUUACCGAUGGUCCUACAGGCUCCAACUACACACAGGAUUCGCACUGCGAGUGGUUGAUCAAGGCUGACAACAGUCGCCAGUUUAUUACGCUCAUCUUCAGAACAAUGGAAACAGAAUGCAGUUACGAUUACGUCUUCGUUUAUGACGGGGAUUCAUUUAGGUCUCCCUUGCUAGGCAGCUUCAGUGGCAAAACUGGGCCUCAAAACGUCACUUCAUCCUCUGGCUACAUGCUGAUAUUAUUGUACAGCGACACUAACUAUGUGCUCAAUGGAUUUCAAGCAGAAUUCUCAGUCACAAAUUGCCCAAACAAUUGCACAGGCCAUGGAGUGUGCUUACAGAACACAUGCGUUUGUGAAAGCGAAUGGGGAGGUAAGGACUGUUCGAGAGCUCUCUGCCCAGACAAAUGUGGAGGUGGUGUAUGCAAAAGAGGAAGAUGCCUCUGUCACAGUGGAUACUCAGGACAGUCCUGCUCACUGGAUAGAAGAGAUGCAGUCGGCAAUAGAUGGCAUUGGCUGUCACAUUCUGAAGGCGGUAUGACUCCUCGUGCAGCUCAUACUGCUGUUUAUGUCAAUGAGACGGAUGCUCUUUACGUCUUUGGGGGGUAUGAUCUGAAUCACAUACUUGGAAAUUUGGAAGUAUAUCGGUUUUCUAACAGCCAAUGGGAGGACGAAUAUGGAGUGGUCCUUGAAGGAGCAUCGUCGCCUGAUUAUCUUGAUCCAAUGCUGAUAACAAGCGAGCUAGAGAAAGCCGGCCCUGGUGGUGAAGAGCGAUUCGGCCUACGUCCGACAUCGUUUUUUAGAAAUCUUCUCUAUAGUAUCAAAGAUAACAGCACAUUUAGUUUGAGGCACAGAGCAACUGUUGAGGCUGGUCAACAUGGAUGGAGAGAGCUAAGAAAUACCCCUGAACAUCGAGAACGAGAGAGGAAAGAGCAGGAGGCAAGGGAAAAGGAACUCAGGGAGAGACGAGAGAGAAAUGAAAGGAACGAAAAACUAAGGCGAAAGCAUCUCACACGGCGCCCGAGACCACGAUAUACCAGAUUUGCUGAACUCGACGAAGACUCAGAUGAGCCUGCCCCAAAGACUGAUGAUGAUAUGUCAAAUUGGGAAGAUAAAAUAUCCGCAAGUAAUCCAUUGGACGAAAAUCCUUACAUUCAGGAAAUUAUUGAGCCCAAGUUCACGACUGAAUCUACAAUAGUUAAAGAAGAUUGUACGACGCAGAAUCUUGACGAGCUACCAAAACCCACUUCGAGAUAUGGUCAUGCUGCUUGCAGAUACGAAGGUGGCUUUGUCAUAUAUGGCGGUAAAGUUGAAGAUGGUUCACUUUCUAAUGAACUUUGGCAUUACGAUGUUGUAAAACGAACUUGGACUCUGCGUGCCAAAAACUCACCAUUUUAUCCGCCUCGAUUGACAAGACAUUCCUUAACUCUAGUCAACGAUGAGAUAUAUUUAUUCGGGGGAAGUACAAUUGAUGGAGAAUUCUCAUCGAAUCUUUAUAAAAUUAGCCUAAAUUUGUCUGACGAGACCGCAUCGGAAAGGUGGAGAGAAGUGCGUCCCAGGGGUGGCAAGGAGUUGGAUGUUCGUGUUGUAGCACAUAGUACAGUUUACCAUCAACCCACAAAUUCUCUUCUGAUCUACGGUGGCGUUGUCGCGAGUGUGGCUCGUUUCAGCAAACUUUCUGACAGGAUGUUCGUUUUUCAACUUGACAGAAAGGUCUGGUCGGAGAUCCAUUAUCCAAGAGCUCCUCUGAGGGAUACGUAUGUGCCACGGGAACGUGCUUUCCACACAAGCACUAUCAUAGGAAAUUACUUGGUCGUAUUUGGUGGAUACUCUCAUAGGCAUAACAAGGAGGAAAUUUGCUACGGCAAUCAGAUGUACCUUUACCAUCUUGGCUGUCACGCUUGGGUCAGUCACGACAUAUUAGGACAGAGCGAUAAAUCAGAUUCAUCUCCCCACUCUCAAUAUCCCAAACAACAGGGAGUCUUCGCUCAUGCCGCGGAUGUGAGGAAUGGAAAUACGUUGCUCCUUGUCGGCGGUUAUCAUGGCAAUGUAAACGCAGACCUCCUUGCUUAUACUUUGCCACCGAUGCUGGCUCCCAGAGAUGGCGAUUAUAUUGAACCAGAACAAAUUUGCUCAAGGCAUAAACGCCUUGCAGAUUGCGCGGCUAAUCCUGAAUGUGGUUGGUGCUCCGCUGACGAGACUUGCUACGGUCGAACUGUUGGUAGUAACUGCACCACAAAUUUACAAACGACAAGGUGUCCCGGCAUUUGUCCAGCGUUGGGAGAUUGUCAUUCGUGUCUAAUUCAUGGACAGCCAGGUGGUCGUUGGGGAACAAGCGCAAGGGGUGGAACUUCAGUUUCGAACAAAUUGAAUCUCGGUACGUGUACAUGGUGCGUUCAGAACGCAAGAUGCCACCACAAGGACGACAAUUAUGGUGUGUGCGGUCUGCGGGAAGACACAGCAUCUCAGAUACCCGGAUGGUGGGGUUCAAAGGGGACGGAAAUUGCGAAGGUCGAGGAGUGCAGAGAACUGGAUCGACGUCCUGGACUAACAUUUCUCAAGUAUAAACCACCGGUUAAUUUUAGCCAGCCUGAUUCUGUAGCUAUCGUCAAUGCGACUACCGUCGACUUUAACGUACCGUCAAUGCAAGGCGCCAAAACAGAGUCUGGUCUUGGUGGAGAAAUGAUCGCUAGACUGCUUGGCUUCCUCAGACCACCUCAAUCUGUCUGGGAAAGCACCGCCGAACAUCUAAAGAUCUGCGUAAGCUAUAAUAGUGCAACUCUUCACGUAUCGCACAGCGACGACGCUCGAGAGUUGGCUUUAGUUGCUAAUCUGACUGCCGAGGCAUCUCAGUGCAUACCCACAAACUGGCCAGACGGAAACCCAACGAUGUUGCUACCAGGUCGUUAUCUCCUAGACUUUGAGUCAAGACGUAUGGUGACGACGAACUAUGCUUAUGCCAGUAAAAUGGAAAUAACGCAUAACAAACGCAACGAGAAUCCAAAAGUGUUCACCUUUGAAUACCUUGAACCGUUCCAAAACGGCUCCUGUCAUCAGUACCAUAACUGUCUUCACUGUCUAACAGAUUCGUCUUGUGGGUGGUGCGAAAUAACGAACAAGUGCAUGUCUAGAUCGUCGAACGAGACUGAAAACUGCGCAGCUAACGUUGAGUGGGAUGACGAUGGACAGCCAAUAAGCGAAUGGCACUACCUCACUAUAACACCUUCAACCUGUGCCAAUUGCUCUAAUUACAUUUCAUGUGAAUCGUGUGUUGGAAGCAAUCUGUGCGAGUGGUGGACCGAGGAAGCUAAAUGCGCAAGAAUUGGCCGUCUACCUAAUGCUGUCGCUAGCGUUGAUCGCUGCCCUGUACCGUGUAGGCAGAGGUCCAGUUGUACCCAAUGCCUCGACGAAAGAGGACGAUGCGUUUGGUGCGAGGCCACACAAGAGUGUUUUUCAUUCUCAGUUUACACAUCUGAGUAUCAGUUUGGUCUUUGCAGAGAGUGGAUGGACCAGGCCGGCUUGAUGGGAAUAACUUCAAGGUCGAGUUCAACACUGACUGGUAUUGAUCAGUGCAAGAGCUGCGGACGACACGCAAACUGCUCGAGUUGUCUUCAUUCCCUGAGUUGUGGCUGGUGCUACAGCUUGGAAAAUCCUAUUACCGGAGUCUGUGUUCAAGGUGAUUUCAAUCAACCCCAUGUAAAUUGCAGCGCAGCCAUUAAUGCCAGACAAAACUCUACUCUAAAUCCCGAGGACGCUGGAUGGGCAUAUGCCCAAUGCCCGGAUGUCGAUGAGUGCGAUCUCGGCCUUCACGAUUGUCACCCUAACGCCGCUUGUACAAAUACCCAUGGGAGUUUCAGUUGCCAGUGUAAGAGAGGCUUCAAUGGAGAUGGACGGGAAAACUGCACCAAAACUUGUUACGAAAAAUGUGUUAACGGAUACUGCAGUGAAGCACCCGAUUAUAAGUGCGAGUGUAAUUUGGGAUGGACUGGACCAGACUGUAGGACCAACUGUGGAUGCUAUAAUCAUUCCACUUGCGUUCAGGGUCCUGGUGUUUGCGACGAGUGUCAAAAUUGGACGACUGGAAAAUACUGCGAAGAGUGCAAGGCUGGGAGCUUUGGAAAUGCUACCACAAGCUUGGGGUGUAGCAAGUGCAAUUGCAACGAACAUGGCGAUAAGGACAGUGGCGUUUGCGACCGACAGACUGGGAUUUGUUUCUGCAGGGAUAACACCAAAGGAAAUAAUUGUGAAUUAUGUGAAAUGGGGUACUAUGGAGAUCCGAGGAACGGAGGAAUGUGCUAUUACGGCUGCAUGGCCAGGGGUAUGCUAGGUGGUGAAACUGCCGGAAGACAGGGACUGGGAAGCAGACACUCGCAGGUAGCUCUUUUGGAAACGCAACAAGGAGGACCACCGACCAGAGAAUGUCUCUGGAUAGUGAGCCCAGCAUCCGGACUUUCUCCUGACACGAUGACGCCAAGUAUACAAAGUGUUAUACAAUUUACGCUUCAUGACGAUAUCGAUAUAAGCUGCCAGGAAAACAGUGUAUACGUUUAUGAUGGUCUUCCUGAUUUUGUGUCCACCACAACUAGCCACCAGAGUCAACUCCUUGGCGUUUAUUGCACAGAGAGUACCAACUACCCUGUGACUGUUGAAGCGAAAUCAGGAUUUCUAACUGUGCACUAUAAGCAGCUCGACGACGUUGAAGGUUUCAACGCAAGCUACGUCGUUAUGACUUGUAACAAUUGCCCUGACAAUCGAGAGUGCAGAAAUGGUAACUGCUUGUGCAAAACUGGAUUCGUUGGUAUAAAUUGCGACAUUGAACUCUGUCCAAACAAUUGUACUGCGUUGAAGAAACAAGGCAUAUGCGAUAAGAGCUACGGUCAUUGUGCCUGUACCUCUGGAUAUGGGGGUCGCGAUUGUUCGGUUAAAAUAAAGGAAAACCAAUUGGUUUUUACGGAGUUAUUUAACUCGGAAUACCUUGCUGACAAUCUUGAUCAUCUUCGAAAAACUUUGCCCAGAUUUGGCCAUAGUCUCGUCGCCGAUCGCAGAGGAAGCCUUUGGAUGUUUGGUGGCUAUUCUCUCAGUAACGGACCCCUCAAUGAUAUCAGACUGUUUGAUACGAAAAACAAUACUUGGAUGCCGGUUACCGUUGAGUCAACCUCCGAGGCGUCGAUGCCUCAAGGACGAUACUUCCAUGCCGCGGAAAUAGUUCACAGUAGACAGCAGAUUUACGUCUAUGGUGGUCUUUCGGUGAAGGAGGAGGGUGUGCAAGGAUUGUCUAACAACACGCUAGAUGACUUUUGGAAAUUUAGUCUGCAAAAUCAGAGAUGGAGUCAUAUUUCUCAGGAUGCUUCAAAAAAAGAACCGCCUCCAUUGGCCGGACACACUUUGACCCUUAGGAGAGAUGGAGAAUCGGAAAGUUUGAUACUUGUUGGUGGAUUUAGCCCAAAAUAUGGAUAUCUUGAGACCGUUUGGGAGUUUAAUUUGGAGUCUGAGACAUGGGACACUAUUAAUACUACUGGAAAUGGUCCGUUGGGUGUUUACGGGCAUUCGACUGUUUAUCAUGCAAGAUCCGAGAGUUUUUACGUGUUCGGAGGAUAUACCUAUUCCAUAAACAGAACCUUCAUCUCCAACAAACUUUACGCGUUAAAUUACAAAACACGGGUUUGGUCUGUGCUUCCUCCAUUCAUUGAUGAACUAACUGAUGGGAGUAGCUUGCCACAAGCUCGUUUUCUUCACUCUGCGGUUACAACGGAUGAGUAUAUGGUAAUUUUUGGAGGUCGUCAGUAUCCACGUAAUACGACAGAUUCGUUAAUAGCCUACAAAUAUUCGUGCAAUCUAUGGAUACGCUUGAUAACUACAGACAUGGAGAUCAUAGGAACACCACCACCUCCUGCUUAUGCUCAUGCAAUGACGCAUGCAGACCCAGAAACUAACGCUAUCUACGUCGUAGGAGGAUUUGACGGUGGAAUUAAAAGUCACGUAACGCUGAUAAACAUACCUGAAGAUCUUUGCAGUCUUUGGACAGAUAAACCAACCUGCCGAAAAUAUUUUGGAUGCUCAUUCUGCGCCGUCACCACUCUAUCAGGGACAAAUGCGACUUACUGUUUCUCUAAUGAAAAUCUUGACAAUAAAGAAGACAAGUGCGACGUUAACGUCACACAGGCACAGCGGUCUAAUGGAUUAUUCUGUAACGCGGACUGGAUGGCGUCAAGGACGUGUGCGAAUUUUAAAACUUGUACCGAGUGUUUGGCGCAGUGGCCUUAUUUCAAAGGAGAUGAGCCUGUCUGUAAAUGGUGUAAAAAUUGUCCACAUGGAAAGUGCAUACCAGCAGAAAAGGAAUGCAAUGAUCAGAAAAAGUGUAAUCUCUCCGUAAGCGAUGUCAAUCAAUGCGGAGAGAGGCAAUGUCCGGCUAGUGAUUGUGAGAAGUGUAAAAGCCUUGGGAACUGUGUCUGGACCAGACAAGUAUUAAAAACUUUUGAGCUCGGCAUCAAAGUGUCCGCAGAACCUGUGUAUGACUGGAAUUGCGUCGCUGAAGAUAUAUUCAACAGAUCCAGCAUAAAAAUGAAAAAUACUCCGCAGGAUCAGUGUGACAGCCGAUGCAGUGAUCAUAAGGAUUGUAAGAACUGUCUUAAGGGCACAGGAGCUGAAGGUGGAUGGAGCGAAUGUCGAUGGUCAACACAGCUAAACGAGUGCAUCUCGCCUUCGUAUCAACCCCUUUAUUGUGCUGGAGGUGUGUGCGGUUUGGUGCUUCGAGGGGCAGAUUCUGAUCACUGUCCCGAGCCGUGUGAAACUUUUAAGCAAUGCAGUACCUGUUUGAAACAUGCGCACUGCGGAUGGUGCUCACUUGAUUCCCAAAACAUAACAGGGCAAGGAAUAUGUACCGAGGGAUCCCUUGAAGCCCCUGCGGAACAUCCAGCUGGUGGAACCUGUGAGAUGUUAUACGACCAGUUAUAUGCAACGCCGGAGACACCUACUACACCAGCUUCUGUACCGCAACUAUCUGAUUCUACUGAAGAAAAAGACAAUGCAACAAUGCCUAUACCAGCCAUAGUUAUUCCUCCGAAAUUUUCAUGGCACUAUGUGAGCUGCCCUCCAGAAAACGAGUGCAACAAUGGUCAUCACACCUGCUCACCACGAAGCGAACAGUGCGUCGAUAUGGAAGAGGGAUUCAAAUGCAUCUGUGGUUCUGGAUACAAGUCUGAAAACACCACAGCUGUCAAUGAGUUUGGAAGGAGUAUCUGCGUUCCUGUUUGUUCGCAAGGUUGUGUCCGAGGCACGUGCAUUGAGCCCGAUGUCUGUCGUUGCGAUUUUGGCUAUGUGGGUGCAAACUGUUCUAUUCAGUGUCAGUGCAACGGUCACAGCAACUGUGCUGGACCCGAUAAACUGGAUGUGUGUCUGGAGUGCCACAACAACACAAUGGGUCCCCAGUGUGAGAAAUGCUUACCACUGUUUGUCGGCAAUCCGGCGGACAACGGGCAGUGUGUACCCUGCUUGGAUUACUGCAGUGGGCAUACUCACGUCUGUAUCAACGAAAGCAUGAUUGUAACCGACCCGAGUGAGGUAGGAAAAAUGUCCCCGGAAAUGUUGACGGAGAAAUUAGUUGAGGGACCGAUAGCUAAUGCGAGAUGUGUCGAGUGCAAGAAUAACACAAAAGGAGAUAAGUGUGCGGAAUGCAUCAGUGGGAAUUUUAGGGGUACCGAAGACCUUAGAGACGUUUGCAGACCCUGUGAGUGUCACGGUCAUGGAGAUACGUGCGAUGCAGUGACAGGUGAGAAAUGUAAUUGUGGCAACAAUACGGAGAGUGAGCAGAACUGCGCGAGUGGUCCGAUAAAAGCAGCUAAUACUGGAGCCACCCCCUGCUGGAUGGUUCAGUGCAGUAAGUGUCGGGAAAAUUAUGCUGGAACACCGACGAUGGGUCACCAAUGUUACAAAACCGUUACUGUCGACAACAAGAUGUGCUUCGAUUCGAAAUUAAUAGACUUGCACCAUGCUUUUAUGUCCGGAGGAUCACAUGAUGAGUGUAAAGUCAAACCCAAACCGCUGAACCCAGGACAAACUGUAUUCUACAUGGUUCAGCCAAGGUUCAUGAAUGUUGAUAUACGAGUUAUGGUUGAUGUCACUCAAGGUGCACUAGACCUCUUUCUUAGUCCCAGAGACGACUCUUUUGUCGUCAGUUUGAACAGCUCUACGGGAUAUCAGGACGUCGAGCUGGAUAGUCGGUUCAAAGUACGCAAUGACUAUCACGACGACUGGUUAGAUAAUCACCCUUACAACAGGAUGCGGAGGGUUGAAUUCCACCCUCAAGAAUCCUCGUCUUCUCAGUCGAACGGUACAACAACAACGGAAAGUAACUGGAACUCAGCGGCUCAGUACAUUGUAAUGGAACGUUACGCAGAGGGUCUGGCAACCUUUGUGACGGUAGAACAGCGUAACACUUUCCUAGUGAUAAGAAACCUGACGAACAGACUGGUUCUCACAUUGCCACAGGACAGGCACGAGCUUGGCCAGACAAAAUUCCAUAUAGCACUUCGUGCCAUAGACGCUCCGAGCCCAGAAAUAAACGGCAGAGCCGCUUACGGCAUGAUUUUCUUCAGGCAGGACCAGCUUCAUAUCGACCUUUUUGUAUUUUUCUCGGUAUUUUUCUCCUGCUUCUUCCUUUUCCUAGCAGCGUGUGUAGUUGCUUGGAAGACAAAGCAGGCAGCAGAUAUCAGGCGCGCUCGGAGACGACACGUGGUCGAGAUGCUGCACAUGGCUAAACGCCCGUUUGCUUCCGCCACUAUUUUAUAUGACAGGGACGGCUGCAGCGGUCUCAGUCCCAGCUCUCCUCUUAGGAAAGGACGGCGUAGUAAACAGAUGAACUUUCACAGUGACGUCAGACCUGUCGCUGUUGAACCUACAGACGACGGGGUUGCCGCUGUCGCGACUGUUUUUAUUCGCCUACCUGGAGGACGACAGGCACCCGUUAAACUUGCUUUGGGUAGUUCUCUCAUUUUAUUGGCACGUGUUCAUCCUGUUAAUGGGAGAGCGUUUUUGAGACGCAGGAAUAGCCAUGCGCCAAAUUAAUUAUAAAUUUUACACAAAGUCCAUGUGACUACUAUUAUUGUCAUUAUUAUUACUAUCGUCACUACAAUUUUUCUUGUCUCUCUUUAUCAGUUAUCAUUGCGUCCGUAUGUUUUUAUCAUUAUUAAUAUUAUUAUCGGUAUUAGUAUUAUUUAUACAAUUUCAAUGAUAUGCAGCUAAACUUUUAUUUUGAAAUUGCUACUACAUAUUCAUUUACAAUCGACAAAUAUAAUUUGGGUUGUUGAAAUAAGUUUUUUUCGGUAUAUAUGGUGCGACUGAAUUUUGCUAAAGAAGAAAGUUUGAAAAAAAAAUAAUCUUUCUUUUUUCUGAUAUAAUUCUGAUUUUUACAAAGAAUACUCAUGUCGCGCCAUCACCUGUUAAAUGUUAUUUAAUUUUUGUCAUUGUUAUUAUUAUUAUUAUUUUGUUUCGUUUCUGUGUUGAAAAAUUGUCUUUCAAAUGCAUGGAAGCCUAGUUUUCACAAUAGGCUCUGCUAUACUUUUUUACAGUUCGAUGAAAGUUCUCUGUUUGAAUUCACUUGUUCAAAUUUUUGUCCCUAAAUUUGCUUUGAUUCGAAUGUAAAUACUUUCUUGCAACAUUUUAAUUGUAGAUAUGAAAUUUUUUAAACAUAAAAUGAAACAGUCGUUGGUAUGUGGAUUAUGCGCGGGUUACAGCUCACUUUAAAAAAAAUUUGACCCGUGUAUAAUAUUAUGUAGUAUUUUAAUAUAUUCGAUUUUAUUUUUCAAUAAUAGGUAAUAUGUGUUGCUAUAUUUAAAGUCACACGACACUUUGUGAUUUGUAGCAAUAAGUUAGGCCACAAUUAUUUUUUUUUUUUUUUUCUUUUGUUCUUAUUUUCCGUCUUUUUAACGGCUAUUGCCAAUUAUUAUAAUAUACAAAUAUACAUAAAUAAUUAUACAAUAUUUUUACAAUCGAAUUUAGACAUUCCUAGGCAAUAUUCCGACCGUAAUAUAGGUACACAAAUCCUAUAUAGAAUAACAACUAUUUUACAACACUCUAUUUUGGGUAAUUAUGGUUUCUUCGAUACGAUUAAUAUUAUAUUAUUUUAUAUUAUGAUUGAUAUCAUGAUAUUCCUUGUUAUUUUUGAUUUUCGUUUCUCUAAUAAUGACAAUGCCGUCUCGUGGAGGGGACUGUACGUUUGUACAUAUAUACAACAAUCUGUAAUUAUGUAUUAAUCGCUAAAAAAUUACACUAAAAAUUAGUAUUAAGUCUAUCUAUACAUGUAAGUAUGUGUAUAGGUAUAUUAUAAUAGAUUAAGAGGUGUAAAUGGUGAGGUAAAAUCUAUAUGAGAAUAAGUCUUGAUAUGCUAAUUCACAUACAAAUACAGGCGUGCGCACACACAAAUAUACAGGGUGUGCCAUUUUAAUCAAACAUGUCGAGUAUCACAAAAAAUAAGCGGGUUACAAAAACAAGACAGAUCAAAGUUCUAUGGUUUUAAAAGGGGCAAAAGAUUAUUGUUCCAUGUUUACCUUGAAUCAGAAAACUUAAAAAGCUUCAUCCCGUCACUCUAGUCUUUGAGACAUUGUUAAAAAAAUUAAAGUUUGAUCUUCUCCCGAUGUGUGUUACAGUUUUUAUAAAAGGGAAACGCCAAUUACUUCUUUCUCAGAAAAAAAAUAAAAAAAAAUUUGUUGGCUGGCCAACGAUGCCAUAAUAUAUCCCCUUAAAAUCAUGCAACUUUUUUAUGAAACCUAGUUUUCAAGGCGACGAAGUUUUUUUUUUUUUUUCUUUUUAAUUGGAUGAUUUAUAUACGAAGCAUUUUGUGCCAAAUCGCAGUGUUUCGAACGUCACCUUCAAUUUGGAUAGAACUUCAUCAGGUGAUAAUAGCACUGUCAAAAGACUACUGGUUUUUUAUUUUCACGUACGAUUGUCUUAGAGUUCCGAUUAUUCACACCUGUUGAUGAUUUUGAUUUUAUUUUUUCAAACCAUUGAACGAUUCUAAAAAAUAAAACAACGUCUGCUGCAGUUUUCGUUGCAUCCCGUGCAAAUGCGGGUCUUUUUCUGUCGCGGCAUCUUUGGCACGUUGAGAAAACGGCUGUUUAAAAAAAAAAUACAUCGAUUUGAAUUUUUGAAAAUUGUAGAAAAAUUUGACAGGCUUUCGAGCAUCGCGAAGAAAGUUUUAAUACCAAAAAUAAAUUAAGAAGUUCAUUUAUUUAGAAAUUGAAAAACCCGAAGUUUUUAAAACUUCGACUUUUCACGUACUUCAAGUCGGAGAAAUGUUUUGCAAUUGAAAAAAAAACCGGGGGCGUUUUGAAAGGACAACAAAACUCUGCGAUUUAGCAUGGAAUGACUUAUAUACGUAUACGUUUAUAUUUCCCCGAGAUUUUUGUGCUUAGUGGAAAAGACAUUGAUCGGAUUUUUUUUUAUAACGAUCUUUAUUGACUGCGUACAUUAUCAUUGUUUAUUACCCCGUUCAAGGGGAAAAAUUGUUUUGUGUUCCAAUGGCAUCAAAUAGUUCUAUAUAUAGCAGAUUCUGUACAAUGGAAACGAGUAGAUUCGAGCUCAGACGGCUAGGCGAUGAAGAGAUAAGAGAGUAAAUAAAAAACAAAAAAUUUUUGAAAUUUUAUUGAAAUGUGACAAAUAGAGGUAAUAUUGCUGUUAUAGUAAAAAAACAAACAAAAAAAAAAAAAAAAGAACUCAGCGUAGAUAAUCGUAACUCGUGUUUUAUGGAGAGAAAAAGAGAAAAAUAUCUUCACUGUACUAUAGUGGAAUACCUGUAUACAUAUAUGUCGUAUACAAUAUUAUAUUAUUUACAUGUAACAUAAUAUAAGAUAAAUGUAAUAUAUAUGAGUCGAAACUUGAAAUCGUGACACGAGAUUGUAACUCAUGGUUAACGUUUGAUUUAUAACUCCAGGGAUGUGUCGUGCCCCAUGAGAGUAUAUCAGGCAUAAAUAAUGUUCUUUUUAAAAAGCUGAAAUUUUUUUUUGACAAAAAUUAAUACACACGAAAUUUUCCAAAUAACUCGAAGGGGUCCAAAGAAUUCCGUUAAAACACGAAAUUUAGAAAAGAAUAUCGUUAAUUGUACCGGAAAACGGGUGGAUUUAAAAAUUCACAGUGAGUAUACUUUCGUCGGGUACUAUUUGUCCCUGAAAUUACAAAUCAAUGCUUGACAGUUCGAAAUUUUGAAUACUAGAUGACAUUGUUCAAAUAUUUAUCAGAUCUGAUGACUGAGGAAAUCGAAAGAUAGCAAAAUCGUCUUUCUAUAUCUCUCUUCUCUUUAGCUCUCUUUGUCUCUAGAUCAUGAGAAAACUUCAAAAUGUAGAUAUAUAGUUUGGUAAAUCGUACAGCGUUUAAAAUGCUAUAUUGCUGUAAGAAAACGAGUACACAAAACAUGAAAAAGAAGAUGCAAAGUACAGAAAAUUAAUAUACGAAAGAUACGUUGUUACGGUCGGUUAAGUUACGUUCUUACAAAUUAAGGCUGCUAUACUGAAAACAGGGAAGUGCGUGUUCGUCGAUACUACAGCAUAUAAAAUGCGUAAAUAUACGCACCUAUAUACAUGCGUUGGGCACUCUAGUGGAAUUCACUUGACCACUUAUAUCUAUUUAUGCUAAUUUUCUAUAUUUUCCUUACAACUAAUUUUUAAUAGUAAAGAAAUGACCGAAAUCAGCAUCACAGAAUGAAAAAAUUAGGAUAUUUUUCUGUCAUUCAAGUUGUGCAAAACUUACGUGAGAUUCAAAUUUCUUUUCACCUUAAAUACGUCGGAAAGUGACGACAAGUAAAAGUAGGAAAAGUCGAGAGAUAUACUCAUUCAUAUGGCAUUCGUACCUUUUUCGGUCAAAGUCAAACUUCAAUAAUUUGAUAGAUUGAUGAUGAAUUCGAAAUAACGAUGCAUCAUUGUUGUCAAAAUAAUUAUGAAAGAUCACAUCAAGAAUCAUAAUAGAAAAUAAAAAAGAAGCUCAAAUUUUGGAUUUGCUCAUGCCAAGCUGACGUAUUUUUAUGUCUUCCAAAAAAACAUCGGUGACAAUCGUCGUGCAAAGUCGUACAAAAGCCAUUCGGUUGGAAAAAGUUGGUGAAGACGUUGACAAAUUUCGUAUCUAAAAUCUCUCGUUUGCACAAGUGCCGUUUCAUCUAUUGUAAAGCAGAGAAAAUUAAUGAAAUCAAUGCCACGGGUUAAUCAGAGUACAUAGAAUAGAGUGUUCCAUCCGCAUGUAUGUAUUUCGUACAAAGAUUUAUGCGUAUAAUGUUCAUUCUGCAAAAGUACGAACGAGGACCUGGUAAUGUUAUACUAUGUUCAAUAUAUUAUUAUACUUUGGACGAAAGUAAGAAAAACAAAAAAAAUAAGAAACGAAAAAACGAGGAAUCCGUCUAUUUUAAUUUAUCUUAUAUUUUAUCUCAUUCUGCUUACGGUAUUAUACAAAUAGUAUAAGGUAUUUAGGUAUUUCAUUUUGUAUUAUAACACUUACCUUUUGGAUCCUGCACCUUCGGAGACUCAAACCGUGACUCUUUGUUACCUAAAAUACUCAAUUGGGUUAGUAAUAAUGAUAACAAUAAUAAUAAUAACAAUAAUAUUAACAGUAACAGUAACAAUAAUGAUACAAUAAUCAUAAUAUUAACAAAAAAUACGUGCUACAAUGUAGAUAUGCAUAUAAUGACACAAUCAAUUUUUCCAUUGUACAAAUAUAUGGAUGUUAUGUUAUUGUUAUUAUUUUUUUCUUUUUUUUUUUUGUAUUUUGUAAAUAUUGUAAUAUUGUGUAGUACAAUGUGCACAGCAACAAUAAUUCUAAACGCAUCUAUCCCGUAGCGAAGUUUGCAGAAGGUUCGCAAUGGUAAUUGAUGUGUUGUUGCAAAGUUGGAGUUAAGGGAUCGUAUAGCUGAGUAAUGUUUAUUGGGAAUAUCAUGUUACUUUGCGAUAUUUUAAUGAUAAAUAAUAAUCGCCAAUCCGAAGCAUAAAAAUUCGAAAUGUCUGGAGGCGUUGAGUUUUUUUUUUCUCGGGAAAAAAAAAACAAAAAAACUUCGUUCUCAAACUGUUUACUAAAUUUUCAAAAUCUUGCGAGACUUUGAGAGAAAGUAAAAAUCGUAAUUUUGAAUCAUACAAAUUCGUGUAAAAUUUUGAUUGCGAAGGCGUGAAGGAAAAAAAUUGAACGUUGGUUUAAGAGAACUUGCAAAUCACAUAGAAUUGGAUUCUUUUUUACUGGCCGUUUUGAAAAUUAUGGUAAUUACCAGCAUAGGACCCUUUAACGCAACAAGUAACAAAAGUAGCUCAGAUGCAGAUAAUAUAAUAUGUAAUUUACAUGUACGUAUUCGUAUAUGUCGCUGUAACUAAGGUUGUGAAAUGUUAAAUCUCAUUAAAAAAAAAAAAAGAGUCAUACGAGCUAAGGUGACGAGGGUCAUGCGUGCGUAAUUACUAAAGUGUAUCGUGUCUGAAUUCCGAGAUCUGUUAAUAAACGAGUAUGAGAUUGCCGAA